GUAGUCUCUGCAUCAUUAUUGCAAUCACUGAUCGUUGUCAAUGCACCCGCCCGCACCUGCUUAUCGAAGCGAAAGGGCUCAUGAUUCCGAUGCUGCUAUUCGUCAGACAGAUUCAGAUGCAGCGUUGGCACGACUAUCUGCAGUUAGGAAAGGCUAUCUGAACGACCGUUUCAUCAGUUCCCUGCUGCCUCGAGCGCAGCUACAGCCCCUGCGGCCACCAUUGAUCAAUAUUGGCACUUAUGUGCGAUCUGAAGCCAUCGACAGACUCGUGGAGCAGUGGCUUGACUUCUCCAAGCCGGAGGGGCAACUCUGUCAGAUUGUUAGUCUCGGGGCAGGGAGUGACACGCGGUUUUGGCGUUUAAUGGAAGGACCUUGGAAAGAGCAGAUUGGGACGUAUUUCGAACUCGACUUUCCGGAUGUGACCACAAAGAAAGCAAUGGCCAUUCGCAAUCCGAGAAGUGGGCUCAGCACUACUCUUGGUCCUUCGGAUUUAGAUCUUGGCGGGCAGGCCUUGCACUCGUCCAGAUAUCAUCUUUUGCCAUGUGAUCUUCGCAAACCCCCCGCAGACAUUCUUCCGGGGCUCUUCAAAGAUUAUCUGUCCCCUGCUCUUCCAACACUUCUAUUAUUUGAAUGUGUUCUGGUUUACAUGUCUCCGGAGGCCUCAUCCACCUUGAUCCAAUGGUUUGUUGACUUCUUCAGCCCAAGCACCCACACUCCAUUGCCAGGCACUCUGGGAUGUACAGUGUAUGAAAUGUUCGGACUAGAGGAUGCCUUUGGGCAAGUCAUGAUGAACAAUCUUCGAGCGAGAAAUGUUUCUCUUCCAGGGGCAAAACCAUAUCCUUCUUUAGAAUCUCUCCCCGCCCGUUUCUUAAGGCAUGGGUUCACUUCUGCGAAGGCGCUGACCCUUCGUAACAUCAGAAGUAAUUACAUCGAGCUGUCAGAACUAGGAAGAAUAUCUAGCCUUGAAAUGCUUGAUGAGGUCGAAGAGCUCAAUCUCGUUCUUGAACACUAUGCAAUCACAUGGGGUGUGAAGUCCUCGUCAGCUGCGAUGAUAUCUCCAUGGAUAGAAUGGGGCUUGCGUCCGGUCAAACAGCAACUCGACUAACGAGCAGAUGUCGUAUAGCUUGGUUACCAACAGGUGCAUCAUUCUAUUCUAUCUUUUGUUAUCAGAUUCCAUUUUGAUCCAUCAACUAGCAAGUCAUUCCUAGUAUUUCCAACAGAUGGGAUGAUGUUCUACUCGCUAGCAGUCUCUAGUACAUGCGGAGUACAUAACGUGUCGAAGUGUUCUCUAUCAGACCAAAUUGAAGGAAGCGAUCAUUCGUUCCUUCUUAAUUACGGCGCUGACGACAAGUUAUGUUCCAUCUUUACUGCUUGUGAGAGCGUAGCUCAUCGUGCUCCAACAUCAAUCGAGGU